CUUGUUGGUUGUUGGUCAGAAACAAACCUUUUCUACUUGUUGAGUCGCUGCUCACACACUUUUACACACACACACACACACACGCACACACACACACACACGUUUAGACACACACUCUCUCCUUCUAUCUCUCUCACACACACACACACACACAGUUUCACACUGACGGAAGAAGAAGUUGUGGAGGAAACUGUGCGCGAGACUGGAUUCCAUUUUGGACGUAUUUUCAGUGACAGCUUUGUUACAUUUGUAAUGUUGGGUGAAAAGAGUCGCGCGCGGAACCUGUGGAUUUAACGGAUUUGCACCGAUGGUUGUUUCUGCUCCCGUGACUUUUACCGCGUUACUUGAGCGCGUGAACUCAGUCCACUGAAAAACAAGAAGAAGAAGAAGAAGAAGAAGAAAAAGAAGAAGAAGAGAAAAAAGAAUUGUGUGUGAAAAUCCAAAGCUGUGUUUAAAUGAUGGAAGUAAGCGCGGACCAGCCCCGGUGGAUGAGUCAUCAUCCCGCGGUGUUGAACGAGCAGCAUCCCGGCUCUCAUCACCCGGGCCUCGGUCACUCGUACAUGGAUCCGUCUCAGUAUCAGCUGGCGGACGAUGUGGAUGUACUGUUUAAUAUCGAUGGACAAGGAAACCACGUCUCUCCUUAUUAUGGAAACUCUGUGCGCGCGGUGCAGAGGUACCCGCCUCCUCCUCACAGCAGUCAGGUGUGUCGCCCCUCGCUGCUGCACGGUUCUCUUCCCUGGCUGGAGGGAAGUAAAGGGAUCGGACCUCACCACAGCACCUCACCCUGGAACCUGAGUCCCUUCCCCAAGAACCCGCUGCACCACGGCUCCCCCGCGGGCCUGUCCGUGUACCCGCCGGCCUCCUCCUCCUCCUCCUCCUCACUGUCCGCCGGUCACUCCAGUCCGCACCUCUUCACCUUCCCCCCCACUCCUCCCAAAGACGUGUCCCCGGACCCGGGUCUGUCCACGCCCGGCGGCUCCGGGCGUCAGGAGGACAAAGAGUGCAUCAAGUACCAGGUUUCCCUGGCGGAGAGCAUGAAGCUGGAGUCCGCGGCUCACAGCCGGAGCGUGGCGUCCUCGUCCGCGCACCACCCCAUCGCCACUUACCCACCUUAUGUCCCCGAAUACGGGCCAGGCCUCUUCCCACCAAGUAGCCUGAUAGGUGGGUCCUCUUCUAGUUAUGGUACCAAAACAAGACCAAAAACAAGGUCCUGUUCAGAGGGCAGAGAGUGUGUGAACUGCGGAGCCACGUCCACUCCUCUGUGGCGGCGGGACGGUACGGGUCAUUAUCUGUGUAACGCCUGCGGCCUCUAUCAUAAGAUGAACGGCCAGAAUCGUCCUCUCAUCAAACCCAAGCGGCGGCUGUCGGCAGCGAGACGCGCGGGAACGUCGUGUGCAAACUGUCAGACCACGACGACGACGCUGUGGCGGAGGAACGCCAACGGAGACCCGGUGUGUAACGCGUGUGGACUCUACUUCAAACUACACAACCAGAUCAACCGACCUCUGACCAUGAAGAAGGAAGGAAUCCAGACCCGCAACAGGAAGAUGUCCAGCAAGUCCAAGAAGAGCAAAAAGUCCCAGGACAACAUGGACGAUUUCUCCAAGAGCCUGAUGGACAAGAGCAGCUCCUUCAGCCCGGCGGCGCUUUCCCGCCACAUGUCGUCCUUCCCGCCCUUCUCGCACUCCGGCCACAUGCUGACCACGCCCACACCCAUGCACCCUUCCUCCAGCCUCCCGUUCGCACCGCACCAUCCCUCCAGUAUGGUCACAGCCAUGGGUUAAAGCCACCAAAACCCCGCCCCCCCCACCUUCACCACGCCCCCUCGGUUCCUCUGUGUUCACGCCCCCUCACCUGCACCGUGGUGUGAAAGUGACAGACUCUUAUUUUUAUAAAAACUUCUGUGAUGUGAAAUCUUCUCAGACUGGACUUCACUGAGCUCCAUCUUCAUCAUCAUCCUCCUCCUCCUCCUCAUCCUCAUCCUCAUCAUCAUCCUCAUCUUCAUCACCCGGUUUUCCUCUCUGAUUCAUUCGUGUACAAAAAGCCAUUUUUUCCCCUCGUCACAAAGACGUUUUCCACGCCCAUCAUUUCCAAACCCCGCCUCUCUUCGCCUGUGUAACAGGAGACCCCGCCCUCACACACACAGUCGCCCCUCCUCCUUGUUUUUCUGCUGCAGACUCUGAAUAUAUUUGUACAAAGUGUAUGAAAUACAUUUAAUGAAGACUUUUUAAUUAAGAAGAAAAGAAGCAAACGAGCCGAGAGACGGUACGAGACACAGCCGGAGGACGGACGGACGUUCACCUGGGACAGACAGGAGGACGAGGAAGGGACUUUAAAAGAAAGCGCAGGCCUCGGGUUUGUUACCUGCGUGAAUUGUGUUGCAUUAAUUUCACAGAAGUUGUGCUUCUGUUUUUAUUUCUGGAUGUGCUUUAGGUCUCGGGCUACACACACACACACACACACACACACACACACACACAUGCACACAUGCACGCACACACACACACAGCUGAAAGACUUUGUCCCCGCCCACAGAUUAUAUGCAUUGUGAAAAAAAGUUCCCGUAUUUGUUAUUUGUAUGUAUAAAUCAGAGUACCAAAAAUACGAAAGAAACAAAGAUGUAGAAUUAUUUCUUAUGUGAUGCAGACUGAAUGGUUGUAAAAAUUUAAUAAUAAUCACUUGUGUAAAAUAUGACUUUUUUUCUCCUCUUUGAAAAUAAUAAACUAGUUUAAUCUCUGUUGACAUGGUAA